CCAAAAGCAGAGCUUUUGAGAUCUGGGCCCUAAAAUCGACUCUGGAGACGCGCCCAGCUCUUCGGGAGCAGUAAUGUAUCGAUUGAUUUGCUUCGUUGCAAUCAGCGCGCGCGCGUUCGUCGCUGGGCCGCACAAAGCUCUGCACAGCGCAUGCACCAGCAGCAAGACGCCGUCGACGCGCCGACGGCGAAACACGUGCCGCCGCGCGAAAGCCGACGCCGACGACGCCGUCGAGGACCUGAUCCGGCGGGCGCGCGCGCUACGCGCCGACGCGGCUCAAACGGAGGCCGCACUGGUGGAAGAAACCGUCCUCGACGACGAGUCCGCCGCGAACUACGCCGACGAGCUCGGCCUGGCCGACGCCGUGCUAGAGGAGCGGCGCAAGGAGGCGCGGAAGCUCGCCGCGGAGAUGCUGAAGCAACCGGAGGACAAGAGCAAGUGGCCCAAGUUUAGUGGAAACAACGAAGCGCCCGAAGAAGAUGAUGGGAGGGGCCUGUUCGGGGCCGCGUUGCAGGGCGGCGUGCUAGAUAAUGUGUUCGGCGGGCCGGCGCCGCGCUUCGAGCUCACGGCGGAGAAGAUGGAGGACCCCGAGCUCCAGAGCGUCGUGCGGCGGCAGAUGGUCGACGCCUUCGACAAUCGGAGGGAGGACGAAGUGGAUUUGAUGUUCGCGCGGCUCUGGCACGCGGGGCCGAUCAAGACGGUCAAGAAGCUCGUGGAGGCCGUGCUAGAUGCGCAGGACGUCUACCAGGCCUACUCGGAUGAUUUGCUCUCCGACGAGCGCGCGGCGGACGAGAUAAGAUGCUGUCGCUCUCGAAUAAGGAUGUACGCGAAGGACGCGGAGUUCCUGCCGAACGCCGACGGGUCGCCGGCGUCGGACACGUGGGGGUCGCUCGACGACUUCAUUCCCUGGCGCUGGCGGCCGUGAGCUUUGUUUGUUGUGGUGCGGUCGUGCGGCAUAGCUGCGCGCGCCGAUGGCGUAAUUUGGUACAGA